AUGGGUAACCGAUUUGUUAAUUAUCUGAAGAAGCGCCUGCCCGUGUCCCGUCGGCAUCGAAAGCCAAAACUAGGAGGGACCAUCGGAGUCCUUCCUCCAGAACUAGUUGAGGCAAUAGCAAAGUACCUGAACGCAAGGGAUAACUCGUCGCUCCGACUUUGCGGAACAUACAUCACGGCAUGUACUUCCAACCACUUCGAAAAGACCUUUCUCUCAGUGAUCCAUACAGACCUAAGCGUGGAUUCUUUGCAGAAACUGGACAAAGCGUCCCAGGACCCGCACUUUGCGUCUAGGAUCCAGACAGUGGAAUUUAGCAGGGAGGAGCACAUGAGCUUCGGCGCAGGAUGGGAGUGGAGGCGAGACGGUCCCAGCGAUGCAGAGCACUCUUUUCCACAGGUCAGUCCCCUGAGUCCAACAGGUGAUGGGCAGGACUACCUACACAAAAUACUCGCUCGCCUGGCCAACUGCAAGGCAUUUACAAUUACCGGAAACCCUGUCCGUCAGCCGGUAGGUAGGGGGCCAUUGCGCUAUGAGAGCGUAGAUGAGAUGCGCUCGAGGUUGAGCCCGGGCGACGUCCUGGCACUCCUAUUCCACCUUAUGUGUGCGAAUACUGUCAAUGUGAGGGAGCUCGAUGUUGACUACGAUGUGGCACAUGCGGUGGCCGUACAAGGACACUCGCUAUGGCCGUAUAUUCAAGAACGCAGCAAGGCGUACAGAUUCCCCGACGGUCGAUCUGGGAGUCCCUGGUCGCAGAUCGAAUCGCUCAUUGUGAGGAAUACUGGUUUAAUAGUAAGAUUCCCAGGCCAGCAGAUGCGUACGAUUCUGGAAUUGUCAACGGGACUCCGCAGGAUGCAUAUUUCCCUGGAUAAGAAAUAUGAUGCCGGGGGUUUUUAUAUGUUGCAGCCAAAGUGUAUACGGGAUUGCGAGUUCCAACUCGAGGAACUUCGCUUGGAGAACGGGGCCAUAGGCUCAUACAGCGAUUUUCAGGACCCGACGCCGUUCCAGGUAUUUGAGUAUCUUCCUCAGUUCCUCCAUAAAUUCCGAGGCACGCUGCGCAAGGUGUACUUUGGGAAUUUGACGAUGAGGUUGGAAGGUCCUGGGUGGAAGCCCAUUCUUGAGUAUAUCAGGGACAAUCUCACCACGCUGGAGGAAAUCACUCUUGUUGAUUUGGCAUUUUCAGUGCCAAUUGAUCCAUGGCCGCAGUCUAAGAAGGUCGCUGCACUGGACUUCCCCGAACUGUCUAUCAACCCCACUGUGAAUGGAGUAACUGGGUCAAAGUUUACUUAUUCCUCCUAUACUUCCUGGCAUCAAGAUGGUGAUAUAGUCACCGGCAGAGUCAGUUAUUCAGGGCCCAAUAUGAAUGCUGCGCUCCAAAAGCUCCUGGAUUGUGCUCAGGUUGGACCGUCAAACGGUGAUCCAUCAUGGGCCUCCUUUCGCUGA